AAUGAAAGUGCAGUUUCUUCCUGAAUAUGUUUGUAGGUCCUAAAAUUCCUCAUCAUGUAGGCCAUAUGUGAUGAGCUGGACUUGUGAUACAGGUCUGGACACUUCUGUAAUUCAUGAGUGAUCAACCAGACUAAGGGAAUGGGAAUCAUGGUUGUUUAGCAGAGAGUGUUGGAGGACAUUUAAAAGACAGAUUUCACUGAGGUAAAUGCACUGACCAACUCUUACAUGCAGCAAUGGAAGACCAAUGUGGUGGAAGCAGAACUAAACCCUUGUAGACACAAAGUGGCCCUGAACAAAAAAGGAAUAAAGAGUGAAAAUAGUGGCAUAAAUCUGAGAUGUACUAUAAACAAUGUGAGAAAACAGCUCAUUAAGUGAAGACACACAAGUUCAAAGAAUCAUGGAGUAUCUCAAAUUGGAAGGGAACUAUGAGGAUCAUUGAGUUCAGCUCUCUGAUCCUUGCAGGACUACCUACAAAUAAACCAUAUGACUAAGAGCAUUGUCCAGACACUCACUGAACUCUGACACACUGGGUGCUGUGACCACUUCCCUGGGGAGCCUGUUUCAGGGUGUGACAGACCAUCCUCUGGAUGAAGAACCUUUUUACAGUGUCCAAUCUGAGCUUCCCUUGAUGCAGCUUCAUUCCAUUUCCUUGUGGCCCAUCACAGCUCACCAGAGAGAGGACAGAAAUACCUCCCCCUCCACUGCACCCAUUGAGGAAGUUGUAGGCUGAGAUGAGGUCACCCUUCACCCUCCCAUUCUUGUCCUUGAGGCCUCUCACUCUCCUCUGUCCUCUUUGUCACUCUCCUCUGUGCACACUCUUAUAGUGUGAUGUCCUUCUUACACUGAGGUGCCCAAAGCUGCACACAGGACUCGAGGUGAGGCCACAUCAGCGCAGAGUAGAGUGGAAAAUAGCAUAGUUUGGGUUUCAAGGGACACUAAAGAUGCCCCCUGCCACUGGCAGGGUCAAUCACCUCCCUCAGGCAGCUGGUGAUGCUGAACCUGAUGCACCCCAGUAUGUGGUUGGUGCUUUUGGCUACCAGGACACACUGUUGACUCAGAUUCAACCUGCCAUCAGCCCAAACCUGCAGAUCUCUUUAUGCAGGACUGUUUUAAACUUCUCAUCCCCAAUCUGUACUUGCAAUGAGGAUCACUCCAUCUUGCACUUGCUCUUGUUAAAUUUCUUAUAUUUGGUGAUUGCUGAGCUCUCUUGCCUAUGCAGGUAUCUUUCUAAGAACCUUGAGGGAGUUCACAGCCCCUCCUAGCUCAGCAUAGCUAGCAUAUACCCACUUUGGCAUGUCCACUUCAGCUUUUUCAUCAUCAUCUUAGAGGGAUUACUGAUAAUCAUUAUUUUGUGGGCACAAAGCUUAACAGGAAACCAAUGUGUGAUACAUGCCCUGUGACUUGGGGUCCAGGCACACCUCCCACCUCUCUUAAUCAUAUGUCAGAUUUUCUUUUGACUACCUGGCACCAGAAAGCACUUCUACCUCUCCUGAUGUCCAUGUUACCACCCCACCUCACCUCCUGAGCGACACACGGACAGAUAGCAACUCAUCAAGGGGAAUGUAGAUUUACAUGGCACAUUUAUUUUCACAAGAGGAAGCAGACUGAGGCAAAGAACACUGCACUGCCUAAGCUUUUGACAGCAGUACAGGAGCCUAGUCUUAACAGAGAUCACAGUUAUGCCCCAUGUGUUCUAAAGAAUUAUGUGGUACAGACUUUGGGAUCCUCCUCCUGCCUUCCCCCCCUUCUCCCCAUGCUUUUAGUAAUCACACAGUGCUUUGCAGAGGUCAGAAUGGUUUCUUAACUGUUUGUCCAUUCUAUUAUUUCAAUACAGAACAAUAGCUUUUAUAAGUGAAAUGCAUUUAUAACUGAAAUAUAUUUGCUAUUGUGUAUUAUAAGUGUCCCACAGACCAUGAACACUCCUCUAGUUGGAUUUCACAGUGCCUCCAUCAUCUGUCAGGCCAUUAAUUUACUUAGGGAAGAUCUGAGAGAUACAAGGCAAGUCCAUACAGAAAUAUAUUUGGAACUGUUUUUUAUGUUAUUUAGAAUUUUAUGACUCGCUGUUGACCCCUGAGAAUAAAAUACAUUGCGAUAAAACCUAACUAAUAGAAAGAUCUUUUAUAAGUAUUCCAGCUUCUCAAAGAAAAUGUUCCUGGUUUUGACUUUUAUCUCUAUUGGUUUUGUCACAUGAACCCUACUUUAUUUCCCCAUUUUUUUUAGAAGAAUAAAAGGCUAAAUCCUGUCCUCCCUUCUGUCUAGAAUGGCUGCAUUUCGAACAUUCAGAAAGUACUAACAGAAAGAAAGUUCUGGUCUAUUACUACAACCAUAGUAACAAACUGACUAAUUACUGAUGUACUGACUAAUAACUGCUAAUUAUGUGUGACAUCAGUAGGGUUUUCACAUUUUUUUUUUUAAACUGACAUCCCAGUAUCUAGUUGCAAAUGAGGGAUUACUUCCCAGCCUUUUCUCCAGCCCAAUGGUCCUGAUAUACUGCUGGAAAACACUGCUAUUCAGAAUAAAAUACUAAUAUUUGUUCUCUCUUCAAUCAAACCCAAACCCAUUGAAACAAAAACCUGACCUUAUACCAUUAAUUUAUUUUUAUGGUGUCAAAAGUCAAACUUCUGAAGGACAGCAAUGGGUGGGUCACAACUCAGACUGUAUAAAUUCCCAAGGGCUCAGCCAGUAUACCCACAUACAGCUGGAAAGCUGUUUUGCCUUUGGUGCUGAAGCUUGAAGGCAAUACUGCUGCACAAUGGGCUCCAUCGGUCCAGUGAGCACGGAAGUUUGCAGUGACAUAUUCAGGGAGCUGAGAAGCCAGAAUGUCCAGGAGAAUGUCUGCUACUCCCCUCUGCUCAUCAUUUCAACCCUCUCCAUGGUCUACAUAGGUGCAAAAGAUAACACCAAGGCUCAGAUAGAAAAGGCUAUCCACCUUGAUAAAAUCCCAGGAUUUGGAGAGAGCACUGAAUCUCAGUGCGGCACAUCUGUGAGCAUCCACACUUCACUUAAGGACAUCUUCACCCAAAUCACCAAACCAAGUGACAAUUAUUCCAUCAGCAUUGCCAGCAGACUUUAUGCUGAAGAGAAAUACCCAAUUCUGCAGGAAUACAUACAAUGUGUGAAGGAACUGUACAAGGGAGGUUUGGAAUCUAUCAGCUUUCAAACAGCUGCAGAAAAAUCCAGAAAGCUCAUAAAUUCCUGGGUUGAAAGUCAGACAAAUGGGUCCAUCAAAAAUAUCCUUCAACCAAGCUCCGUGAGUUCACAAACUGAUAUGAUCCUGGUCAGUGCCAUCUACUUCAAAGGACUGUGGGAGAAAGCAUUUAAGGAAGAAGAUACCCAGACAGUUCCUUUCAGAAUUUCUGAGCAAGAAAGCAAACCUGUGAAGAUGAUGUCUCAGACUGGUACAUUUAAAGUGGCAGAGAUCCCUUCUGAGAAAUGUAGGAUCCUGGAGCUUCCAUAUGCCAGUGGUCGGCUGAGCCUGUGGGUGCUGUUGCCUGAUGACAUCUCUGGCCUGGAGCAGCUUGAGACCGCAAUCACCCCCGAAAAUCUCAAGGAAUGGACCAGCUCUAGUAAGAUGGAGGAGAGGAAAAUUAAAGUCUAUCUUCCCCGCAUGAAGAUCGAGGAGAAAUAUAACCUCACAUCUGUCUUAAAAUCCUUGGGUAUCACCGACCUGUUCAGCUCAUCAGCCAAUCUCUCUGGCAUCUCUUCAGCAGAGAGCCUGAAGGUGUCUGGAGCAUUCCAUGAGGCAUUUGUGGAGAUUUAUGAAGCAGGCAGUAAGGUGGUACGCUCAUCAGGAGCUGGGAUAGAUGACACAAGUGUCUCUGAAGAGAUUAGGGCUGACCACCCUUUCCUCUUCUUGAUCAAGCACAACCCAAGUGACAGCAUCUUGUUCUUUGGCAGAUGCUUUUCCCCUUAAAGAGAGGAAAGCUGAAAGAGUUUCUGUCCCUCAUAGCAAGAAGCAAAGUGCUGCAGUAUCAAGGGUAAAAAGAAACACAAACUUUCUCUUUUAUCCAUAUUUUCUAAAACCAGAAGGCUUUAUUUAAAAAAAUAAAAAAAUAAAAAAAAGAAAAGAAAAGGAGGUUAAGGCAGACAAAUUUUGCCAGGAAAGCAGAGACCUUUUGCCCUUCCUUUCUGCUGAGUAUUAUUAUUAACUCAUAGAUGAAGAAUUAAGGGAAUGAAAAUCUGACCCAAAGAAAGCAUGAGCAUUAACAGAGAUGUUCCUGGUUCAAUUUAACAAUAAUAGUGCUGAAUCAUCACACUGAAAAAACACAUCACUCGUUUUGGGAAAAAAAUGCUGUCUUGUAAGUGAGCCAGGUUUCUUUACAGACAAAUUUUGUGGUGACUCCUGUGGAAUAAGUCACUCAAAAUUUCCUAGACUAAGCUCUAAACUACUUCCAACCAUACCUACUCUGACAAUGCAAUAGAUUUUUAUUCCUACCCCUGAUACUGCAAGACUCUUCCUCACUUUCUAAAGAUGCAUUAUAGGAAUCUUAUAAUUCGUAUUUCUUCUCAAGCCUUUUUGGAUCAAUCAUCAUGACCAAGCAUGGCAGGUUGCUAUUCAAAUUUUCUCUAUGUAACCUAUCCCUGUAUAUAAUGGGUCUUGUGGAUGUAUACUUUUGCUCCUUUAAUCAUAAUAAAAACUUACUUAAGCAAAUGCUUUUCAUUUG